AUGGCCGUAAAUGGGAAAUCUGACAGAUCUUUGCUCGCAGUGACCGAAGAGAGAAAAACUGCCGAGGCGAAGAGGAUGAACGAGUCCUCCAAGCGGCGCCUCAUGCUCGGCAUGCAGGGGAAGAAAAAGGGACGGCAGGCCGGAACGGCAUCGGCGUCUUCGGGAGGGGUUGACCCCGAUGACCUAACCCUCAACGAGCGUCGUCGUCAGAUGAACGCUGAAUCGGCGCAUGCCGAAGCGGCCGAUGCCGGUCCGUCUCCCAACCGAGGUAUGACUGCCGAGGGUACCUCCUCCAAAGCUGCCGGCAAAAGGCCAGUCACGGUCGAUCUGAAUGCCGAUCUCGCUCCGAAGUGCGGGCGACAUGCCGAGCCUGCUCGGGCCAUCUUUGCUGCUGAGGACGACGAGGCGCCUCCCGAAGCUAUCACCCUGGCCUGUCCUUCAAAGACGGUCCAGUUUGUGAACCACAUGAUCCUCGGUUCACAAAUGGAGCUGUCCGAGAUCGAGGACCUCCGAAGAAGCUCAUUCGGGAGGAGGCUGGCCGCGCCUUCCGUCUUCAAGCUUCGACAAGUGCUUAACGAUUCUCGGCCUUUUCCUACCGUCUGUUUCCCUCCUUGUCUAACAUUUUCCUUUGCUAUUCAGGCCUCAAUGGACAUGUGGCUGUGCGUCAAGCGAGCUAUUAACGCCGCCGAAAAGGCAAAGAAGGCUUAUGAAGACGGUAGAGCGAAGGUUGCCGAGGCUGGUAAAGUCAUCCAAGCUCAGGCGAACUUGGCGAAUGACAUGUAG